CUCUAUUUGAAUCAAUGUUAUAUUAUAACCACUAUUUAACAAGUCUAAAAAGUAAUCAAUAUAUAACAAUAUUGAAGUAGCAUAUAACAACAAACGUUCGUGUAAAAGGUUCCUACAUAGUCGACCUAUUUUGAAGACUGCUACAACAAUUAGUAAACAAGUGGCACACACUUUCCCUCCAAGUCAUGAAAUAAUUAUAGUUCAAUCCAGCUAUAUAUAAGAAUUUAGAGACAUAUAGUACAUUUCACCACCAUACCAUAACUAUCUCAUUCCCCUUCUCUCUCCUUUCAAAUUUUCCAUUCAAAUUCAAAACAUCCAAUACAAACCAAAACCAAACAACUCCAAUGAAAGCACUCUCCUUCCACCAUGUUUUUCUCCUAGUUCAUCCUCUUACGAUUACCCUUUUCAUCAUGUUCCUUCAAAUCCAAACAAACACUUAUUGUCUCUCAUCUCCUCUCAUAAUGCCUUUAAAGGUCCAAACACUCCCACAUGGAACAAUUUCACUUAAAAAAACUCCAUCCUCACGCAAACUCUCUUUCCAUCACAAUGUAACAUUAACAGUAUCACUAACAGUAGGCUCACCCCCACAGAACGUUACCAUGGUCCUCGACACAGGGAGUGAACUCUCAUGGCUACACUGCAAAAAGCUUCCAAAUUUAAACUCCAUUUUCAACCCAAUCCUCUCUUCUUCAUACACCCCUAUACCCUGCACCUCACCCGUUUGUAAAACCCGAACCCGAGACUUCCCUGUACCCGUUUCAUGCGACCCGAAUAAACUCUGCCACGCUACUAUCUCCUACGCCGACGCUUCUUACAUCGAAGGCAACCUCGCCAUGGAGACGUUUUUCGCCGGCGGGUUGGCACAACCCGGAACUAUAUUCGGGUGUAUGGAUUCCGGGUUCAGUACAAACACAAAUGAAGACUCGAAAACAACCGGGUUAAUGGGUAUGAACCGCGGGUCACUCUCGUUUGUGACACAAUUGGGGUUACCCAAAUUCUCGUAUUGCAUCUCCGGCAAUGAUUCCUCCGGCGUGUUACUCUUCGGCGACGCGAAUUUCGGUUGGCUGGGACCGUUGAAAUACACGCCACUCGUGAAAAUGACAACCCCGUUACCGUAUUUCGAUCGGGUAGCAUACACGGUUCAACUCGAAGGAAUUCGGGUCGGGAAAAAGAAUCUUCAGCUACCAAAAUCGAUUUUAUCACCGGAUCAUACCGGGGCGGGUCAAACCAUGGUAGAUUCGGGUACACAAUUUACGUUUCUUUUGGGACCAGUUUACACCGCUUUGAGAGAAGAAUUCGUUGCUCAGACGAAAGGGGUGUUGACCCUUUUGGAAGACACGAAUUUCGUGUUCCAAGGAGCUAUGGAUUUGUGUUAUCGAGUUGGGUCGGGUUCGGGUCGGAUAGGUCUUCCGCCGUUACCGGCGGUGACGCUUGUGUUUGAAGGGGCGGAGAUGAGUGUUUCAGGGGAGAGGCUGUUGUAUAAAGUUGGUGACGUGGCAAAGUGGAAAAAUGAUUCUGUGUAUUGUUUCACGUUUGGGAACUCUGACUUGUUGGGAAUUGAGGCUUAUGUAAUUGGACAUUAUCAUCAAAUGAACGUGUGGAUGGAGUUUGAUUUAGUCAACUUUAGGGUUGGAUUUGUUGAUACUAGUUGUGAACUUGCAAGUCAACGAUUAGGGAUGGCUCCUUAAAUUCUUUAUAUUUUUUAAGUCAUUGGGCCUCUUUUGGAUUCUUUGGACAAUGUUCAACACAUAUGUGGCCUACCAUUGUAGUGGGUCUGUGUUUGUGGUAGAUAGGUUAGGUAAAUACUAUUUGUACUAGUUUUGUUGUUUUAUUCAUUAAUUCUUAGUGUAGUGUUACAAAAACAAAUUUCCAAAUUUCUUGGUCGUACGUUAAUCAUGAUGAGUUUUAUCGAGAGGUUCUUAUUCUUAUGCUGGUCAA